UUCGCCCCUGCUUUAAAGUUUCAUUUUUCCAAAUUAAAUACUCAAGCUAGUUAUUGGACGCUAUGGGGGAUAUGUUUUUUGGGGGGGUUUCCAAAAUAAAAGCUCUAUGUGAGAUUUCUUCUCCAAAAUAAAAGCCUAAUUUACCUCCUAGAAAUUUACCGGGAUGUCUUAAAAAUGUCAGAUAUCCAAAAGCAAAGCUUUCUAAUUACCUUUGCUUCAUUAAAAAAUAAAUUAUGUAAAUGCUCCGUAUCAGUCUUUGCAUCGGAUUAUUUGAUAAUCAGAAGCAACCGCUCUUGCUUUCCCUCCGAUGUCUGUGCGGCUUGAGGAACAAAGGGGCGUGGCCGCCGUUGUUCAUCGAGCACGCUCGCGGUUUGGAGGAUGGGAGAGAGGACGGCGCUGCAGAGGGAGGGAGCGAGGAGGAGGAGGAGGAGGAACUACGGGUGGAAAAAAAAGUUAAAGUGAAAAUGGCUUCCUUGUCUUUGGAGUCCACAGAACAAUCUGAGAACAGCACAGGGGAGCCAGCGGGGUCGGAGACCAAAGAAGAGAAAGAUCCGCUCCAAAUUUCGGAACAACUGCUCCAAAGUUUCCAAAAGUCGGCGCUGAGUUUUUCCACUGACCAGGUCUCAUGUCUGUGCGAGGCCCUUCUGCAGGCGGGCAAUGUGGAUCGCCUGUGGAGAUUUCUCUCCACUAUACCUCCUUCGUCCGAGCUGCUACGUGGCAACGAGACCCUGCUAAAGGCCCAGGCACUGGUGGCUUUCCACCGGGAGGAAUUCAAGGAGCUGUACGCCAUCCUGGAAAGCCACAACUUCCACCCGUCUAACCACGGGUUCCUGCAGGACCUGUACCUCAAAGCCCGCUACAAGGAGGCGGAGAGGUCCCGGGGCCGUAGCCUGGGCGCAGUGGACAAGUACCGGCUCAGAAAGAAGUUCCCCCUACCCAAAACCAUCUGGGACGGAGAAGAGACCGUGUACUGCUUCAAAGAGAAGUCCCGCAAUGCCCUGAAAGAGUGCUACAAGAGCAACAGGUAUCCCACUCCGGACGAGAAGAAAAACCUGGCCAAAAUCACCGGGCUAUCCCUCACGCAGGUCAGCAACUGGUUCAAGAACCGCAGGCAGAGGGACAGGACCCCGUCCGGGACCCACAGCAAAAGUGAGUCCGAUGGGAACCACAGCACUGAGGAUGAGGCGGGUGCGAUGGACGACACUCUCGACAAACCAGACGAGGCUGCCGGCUCCACAGCUUCCAUCAUCUCUGUCUCUGCGGUCCCGUCCAGCACUGGAGGCCAGCUCAUCCUCAACGGGUCCAGCGGCUUCCUCACCGCCUCUCUGCUCAAUGGCAACUCCCUGAUCUCCAGCAGUGGUGCUGGUGUUAUAAUUAAUGGGAUAAAUUUAGGUGAUUGCCAGACCGUCACACUGAGUCCUGUUGGAACCAGCUCUCCUUUAAUACUGAACGGGGCUCAAGUAAUAACCAAAUCUGGAGUUGGUGUGCAGCAGCCACAGCAAGCUGUUUCUGGGGUGGAGCAGGAAGUUUCAGAAAUGGAGGCCAAGCCGAGCGGCGUUCCAGCAGUUGUUCUUAAUACUAACGUCACGCCUGUCUCGAACCCCAUCAUUUCUCUUCCCCUGCAAACCAAGACCGAGAGUGACAGUGCAAUGGGCUUCAUCAGUGUUUCCGAAUCAGAGGGCAGCAGCCAGACGGUAUCAUCCUCUUCUUCCUCUUCCUCACCAACCAGCCUCUCUUCACUAGUUUUAACACAAAACCACCAACGCCAGGACUCCCUCCCCCUCCCAGCGUCUCUGUCAUCUGCAGGCAUGCUUGUCUCCAGUUCUGCAGGGGAGCAAGGGGAGUAUAGCAUCUCUGCUACUGCUCCCUCUACCAGCCUCAACCCUCCUAGCUCUGUGAUUUCAACCAGCAACUGCACCCCUCAGGUUUUCUCUCUGCCCCAGGUUGUGCCUUCCAUCCAGGGUAUACCAGUAUCUCACCUGGUUCAGCACUCUUCGGGAGCCCAGGUAUCCCAGUGCCCUCAGCUGGUCCCAGUAUCCCCCCUCACCUCACCAGCGCCUCAAUUUCAAAGCCCCCAGACUCUGAACACAGGAAACAGACUGGCACAGCAGCAACAGGAAGCCUCGGCAGCUAUGUCUGAAGGUGCCACAACCAUAGUUUCCAUCUCACCGCUCAACAACAGCCAGCUCCCCCAGCACGUGAUGCAACAACUGGGGGAGCAGACCACAAACUGUACACCCAGCAAAAUCCAGACACCGCAGGUUAUUUCCAUCUCUUCCCCAACACAAGUCGUCCCAGUCCCCCAGGCCAAAGGUGGCACACCGGCACAGCUCGUCCCACUCUCUGUGCCCCAGCUGGUACCAGUCUCCUCCAUCCAAACUUCCUCCACCAUCUCUUUCCCACAGGUGGUACCUGCCAGUCCUUCUAUCUCCAUCCCUUCUGCCCGUCUGCCAUUACAGAUCCUCACUUCAGCUCCUGCAGCUGGAGGGGUCCCACAGGCUCCUCUCAGGUUAAACCAGCUGAGGCCCAUUCAGAGCGUAGCUCCUCCAGCCAGCACGGCCCCUACGGUGCAGCUCCUAAACUCCGGCAUCAUUCAGCUACCCUCUACCCCUCCAGGUAACCUUCUCCUCGGUGGUAGCCCCUACCUGAGUGUCCAGCAAGGCAAGCUGAUUCUGACCAUCCCAGCAGGCAUUCAGCUCACCAGUUUGCCCCUGAAACCAGUCCCUGACGCUUCCACCAUCUCUACAAACGGAGUGAUCCCCAUUCUUAACCCUUCUACCUUUCCCGUAGUCUCACAGCCUUCAACACCAACGCCCAGCAGCCUCGCCGCAUCAUCUCCCCUGAACUUCAUCAGCUCAUCUCCACCAUACUGUGCUCAAGAGACUCCCAUCCAAACCAGCCAAGUGCAUGCAAUCCCCUCCCCUCACCCGCUGGACCCAACGGCCACCCCGACAACGCAGAAUGCUCUGACUCCAGAAAGCAUGCUCACGCUCAGCCCCAUGUACACUGGAGUGACACCAAAUAGCCAAAUGCCCCAGCCAGUGUGGAGCCCAGUGCCCCUCUCCACUUCAGCCAGUUUAACUCUGUUUGACGUCCGCACCAAGGGGGACCUACCUGUGGACCCAGCCUUGUUGGGUCUACCUGGUGGGGAGUCGCUGCUCCUGGGCAGCCCCUCUCCAGAGCAGGAUGUGGAAGCCAGCUCGCCACUUGGGAAUCCAGAGGAAAUCGAUGGAGAAUCAAAAAUCCUUACUCAGCUUCAGUCUGUCCCUGUGGAUGACGAGCUGGGCUUAUAGUUUUUAAA